GCGGGUGCCGGAUUCCGGUUACUGGCCCUGCUGCGUGGUCUGACCGGUGUGUCGUUGUAUUGGUAGGACGGUGAUGUCACCGGACCAUUCAUUAUACAGGCUGCUCGUACCGUUCUCCUGAUGCCUGCCAGCAUUACGUAUAUGUUUUCUGACAGAGAACAUUUAUUACUCCAAGGGAUCUUCUAAUAGUUUGGAAUGUGCCAUCUUGACGUCUUAUGGAGGAUUAAUUAGUUCACUUUAAGAAGUUUUUGCACUAAAGGACUUUAAGCGGAGACACAACACGCAAAAAAUAAAAAAAGGAGAAAAUGUCGUCCAACAGAAGUCAAAACCCUCAUGGACUUAAACAGAUUGGCUUGGACCAGAUCUGGGAUGACCUGCGGGCCGGCAUCCAACAAGUUUACACUCGACAGAGCAUGGCAAAAUCUAGAUACAUGGAACUCUACACUCAUGUUUAUAACUACUGUACUAGUGUACACCAGUCCAACCAGGCACGAGGUGCUGGAGUACCACCAUCAAAAUCCAAAAAAGGCCAGACCCCUGGAGGGGCCCAGUUUGUGGGACUUGAACUGUACAAAAGGCUAAAAGAGUUUUUGAAAAGUUAUUUGACAAACCUUCUGAAGGUAAAUUCUUCAUCUAACAGUCAAGAUGGCGAAGAUUUAAUGGAUGAGAGUGUUCUUAAGUUUUACACACAGCAGUGGGAAGAUUAUCGGUUUUCUAGCAAAGUUUUGAAUGGGAUCUGUGCAUAUCUCAACCGACAUUGGGUUCGACGUGAAUGUGAUGAAGGACGUAAAGGAAUAUAUGAAAUUUACUCACUUGCCUUGGUCACCUGGAGGGAUUGCCUCUUCCGUCCUUUGAACAAACAGGUGACAAACGCAGUGCUGAAACUAAUUGAAAAGGAGCGGAAUGGAGAAACGAUCAACACCAGGCUCAUCAGCGGAGUUGUACAAUCUUACGUUGAGCUGGGCUUGAAUGAAGAUGAUGCUUUUGCCAAAGGCCCAACGUUGACUGUGUACAAAGAGUCUUUUGAGUCUCAGUUUUUGGCCGACACAGAGAGGUUCUACACAAGAGAGAGCACAGAAUUUUUACAGCAGAACCCAGUGACAGAAUACAUGAAGAAGGCAGAAGCCCGGCUUCUAGAGGAGCAGCGACGUGUACAGGUUUACCUACACGAGAGCACACAGGAUGAGCUAGCACGGAAAUGUGAACAGGUUCUGAUUGAAAAACACCUGGAGAUCUUUCACACGGAGUUCCAGAAUUUGCUAGAUGCAGAUAAAAAUGAAGAUUUGGGGAGAAUGUACAAUCUUGUAUCAAGAAUUCAGGACGGCCUGGGAGAACUGAAAAAGCUUUUAGAAACGCAUAUCCACAAUCAGGGACUUGCUGCCAUAGAGAAAUGUGGUGAAGCAGCACAAAAUGAUCCCAAAAUGUAUGUACAGACUGUUUUGGAUGUCCAUAAGAAAUAUAAUGCACUAGUUAUGUCUGCUUUUAACAAUGAUGCUGGAUUUGUGGCGGCACUAGAUAAGGCUUGUGGCCGAUUUAUAAAUAACAAUGCAGUGACAAAAAUGGCCCAAUCUUCCAGCAAAUCUCCAGAGCUGCUCGCCCGUUAUUGUGAUUCACUACUGAAGAAGAGUUCUAAGAACCCAGAAGAGGCAGAAUUGGAAGACACACUCAAUCAAGUUAUGGUCGUCUUUAAAUACAUUGAAGAUAAAGACGUGUUCCAGAAAUUCUAUGCAAAGAUGCUUGCAAAACGACUUGUCCAUCAGAACAGUGCGAGCGACGAUGCAGAAGCGAGCAUGAUAUCCAAACUUAAGCAAGCGUGUGGUUUUGAAUAUACCUCGAAGCUGCAGAGAAUGUUUCAAGACAUCGGCGUCAGCAAAGACCUAAAUGAGCAGUUUAAAAAGCACCUGACGAAUUCAGAGCCGCUCGACUUGGAUUUCAGCAUACAGGUUCUCAGCUCUGGAUCGUGGCCUUUUCAGCAAUUCUGCACAUUUGCUUUACCUUCUGAGUUGGAAAGAAGUUAUCAGCGGUUUACAGCUUUUUAUGCCAGUCGGCAUAGUGGGAGAAAACUGACUUGGUUAUAUCAGUUGUCUAAAGGAGAGUUGGUUACCAACUGUUUUAAGAAUAGAUAUACCUUACAGGCCUCCACGUUCCAGAUGGCGAUCCUCCUUCAGUAUAAUACAGAAGAUGCCUACACAGUACAGCAGCUGACAGACAGCACGCAGAUAAAAAUGGACAUCUUGGUGCAGGUUCUGCAGAUAUUAUUAAAAUCCAAGUUACUGGUGUUAGAAGACGAGAACGCAAAUGUAGACGAAAUGGAACUGAGGCCAGACAUAUUAAUAAAGCUGUACCUGGGCUAUAAGAAUAAAAAGCUUAGAGUGAACAUUAAUGUCCCCAUGAAGACUGAGCAGAAGCAGGAGCAGGAAACAACGCACAAAAACAUUGAGGAAGAUCGCAAACUUCUUAUUCAGGCUGCCAUUGUAAGAAUCAUGAAGAUGAGGAAGGUCCUAAAACACCAGCAGCUUCUUGGAGAAGUUUUGACCCAGCUGUCUUCAAGAUUCAAACCACGUGUUCCAGUUAUCAAAAAAUGUAUUGAUAUCCUAAUAGAAAAAGAGUAUCUAGAGCGCGUGGAUGGCGAAAAGGACACAUACAGUUAUCUGGCUUGAAUGAAAAGAAAAUUUUAUACGUAUAUUUAGAAAUUGCCUGAUUGGUUAAAUGUCAUUGUGUGACACUGCAGAUAGUUGUGUGAUGGAAAGAAUGGCGACACAGGAACUUCAGAGGAGCUGCUAUGCUGCCACCUGGUCCAACACUUUUUAAUCACACAGGAAAAGAAAAUGGAUGCCCAAAUGCCAGCUUCGGGACUGCCACAGUUUCAAGCAUGUAAAUAUGAAUAUAUGGACACCAGUGCGCUUUAAUUUAAGAACUGAGGGUAGCCUGUACCCAAACAGAACAGAUGUUUGCAUGCUACCACCUCUUUCCUUUUAAAUCAGUACAUUUUGGCUGUACGGGCAACAGGUGUCAAUGGAGCUAGUCCCUAGUUAUAUUGGCAGCACAAUGAGUAUGAAUGGACCUAAUGUAAUCUGCUAUGAAAUACCAUUUGUAUAGUGUGUUUAAUUUUUUUUAUGUGUGUAUGAAUAAAACAGAUAAAAUACACAAAACCUGUGAGUGUUCUUUCCUUUU